ACUGCUCACAUGCCUGAGCUGAGCUGCCAUCGACUGACUCGAGUAUCUUCAACAAUGGAAGAAUCAUAACUUUAUGUCAACUGGAAAACUCACGGCUAUAUCGAGUUUCUUGAGCAAAAGUCAGCUUUAUAGUUGUACUACGCUUUUAAGUGUGGCGUGUAGGGAAAUUCCUACAAGUUCGAUUAAAUGGAGCUUGAGGGCCAAUGGUGGAAAGGACAACUUGCUGGAGAUAUAUACCAGGCUCUGCGCUACAAAGAAAUCAAGUUGCCCUCCUACAAAGGCCAGUCCCCCCAGCUCAACCUCAGGCGCUACUUUGCAGACCUCAUAGCUAUCGUAAGCAAUCGCUACCGGCUGUGCCCAGCAGCCAGACACCUUGCCGUCUACUUGCUGGACCUUUUCAUGGACCGCUAUGAUAUAACGGUGCAACAGCUUCACAUGGUCGCACUCUCCUGCUUGCUUUUGGCUAGUAAGUUUGAGGAGAGAGAGGACCGGGUUCCUAAGCUGGAGACUCUUAACAGCCUGGGCUGCAUGAGCUCCAUGAACCUGGUGCUGACCAAGCAGGGACUGCUGCACAUGGAGCUCCUCCUGCUGGAGACCUUCCAGUGGAACUUGUACCUGCCCACAGCUGCACACUUCAUAGAGUACUACCUGUCCAUCGCUGUCAACGACGCAGACCUCCAUGAUGGCUGGCCCAUGGCAUGCCUGGAGAAGACUGUGCUCUACAUGACAAAGUAUGCUGACUACUUCCUGGAGGUCUCCCUUCAAGAUCAUGCGUUUCUGAGGUUCGCCCCCUCACUGGUGGCAGCUGCCUGUGUGGCAGCUUCUCGCAUCAUCCUGCACCUGUCCCCUUCCUGGCCUCCUCAGCUUCAGCGCCUCACCGCAUACAGCUGGGAUCACCUUGUCCCCUGUGUAGAGAAAAUGCUAAUUGCUCAUGACAGCGACGUGAAGGAGGCCAACAAGCAGACGUGCCAGCCACCCGGGCAGCAGCCGGGCCAGACUGGGUACCAUACCCCUUGCCAGACAACCACCACCAUGCCUCCUCAGUACCUGCACCAGUCCAGCAUCCAGUACCCUCAGCAGGCCCUCCAGCCUUCCCUAGCCCCAGGCCACGGCCCGGCCUCCUACAUAUCUGCCACCCUGCAGGGCCCUGGUGCCCCACCACACAGCCACCCCCAGACCAUCUCUGCUGCUCUGGAUGGCAAGGCUAACAUUCCAAGCAGAGCCUACCAGGUCAAUAUGCACUAUACCUGUGCUGCUCCUUGUUUUGAUAGGUGAUGGAUGAAUCUCCAAGGUAGAGCAGUAUGAGGAGUAAAAGUGCGAGCGACUGGAUAGGUAGGAUGUCUCUUUGGAUUAGACUAAUUAGCAGGACCAGGCAUGUUUUAAUUGAGAAGUUAUGAUGAUAUUAAGCACUUUCUUCUAUGGUAAGAUGUGCAAUAUAUGAUUCCACAAAUGUGCAAUAUAAUUGCUAACCUGCCAAAGGUGGUUUUUUUCUUUUUCUUUUUUUUUUUUAAACCAAUAUGAUUGAGUUAUCACCAAGCAUGUUUGUCAUGUGCAAAGGGUUGGUUUCCCAACACUCUGCAUUUAGUUAUAAUUUAAUUGCACUAUAGACAAGACUGUGCUGCAUUUAUUUAAGCUAAGCUACCUCAGAAGCAUUGAAUGUAUAUUAUCUUUCUGUUCCCUUCCACCAUGAGUAAUAAUGGGAAUCUUGUAUCAGUAUUGAACUUGAGGGAUUACUUUCAGCUUGUAGUAAGAUAUGGUAGUUUGAUAGAGGACCACGCAUCACUCUGCCAUAAACUACCUCAAAUGUUAAUGUUGGCUACCCGCACCUUUGCUCUUGUACAGUGUUCUCCGCAAUAUUCAGUAAGUAUAUUUUGCAUUCUUGUUUUGUAUUUCGAGCACUAAUUUGGAGGGAAUGUGUCAUGUUAACGCCUUCCUAUGUAUGCGGAAUGGCAGUGAGUGCUGUGCACGUCUAAGAUGGUACUUUUAAAUAAAAUGCAUGUCAGUUGUA